AUGGAUAGGAAGAAGGUGAAGCUCGCCUAUAUCACUGAUGAUAAGGCAAGAAAGAUUUCAUACAACAAAAUGAAGAAUAAUAUCAUCAAGAAGGUGAAUGAACUCACCACUCUCUAUGGAGUAGAAGCAUGUGUUAUAAUUCCCAGCUCAUUUGAUUCCAAACCAGAGAUUUGGCCAAAUGUGAAGGGAGCAAAGAAGGUGAUUGAGAGGUACCAGAAUACACCUGUGAAAAAGAAAAACAUGACUUUGAACCAGGAGAGCUUCAUGACACAGAUGACUUCCAAAUCACAAGACAAACUAAGCAAGGUGCAUCAACUGAUUCGUGAGAAGGAGCUGACCAUGCCUGUCUUCAAUUGUGUGAAAGAUGGAGCCCUUCCAGAAGGUCUGACCGUGACAGAUAUUAAUGAUAUCAAGAUGCAUCUUGAGAAGAUGAUGAAGGAGGUCAAUGAUGAGAUUGCUAAACGCAAUUUAUCAAAUGUUAUUUCAAUUGUUUCUUGGACUGCAAUUGAACUUCUAUUAGGAACUGCAAUUGAACUUCUAUUGUUCUAUAUUGAAUUCAUGCUCCUUCAUUAUGUUUAUGUUAUUGGUUUCCUACAAAUGAAACAAUCAAGUUUGACAAAUCCAAUUAUGAAAAACUUUGCGUAA